AACUGUCUUGAGAAUUACUAAAAAAGUUGGUCUUGAGAAUUACUAAAAAAAAUUGACCGAAUUCCGCCCAACCAUUCCGACCGGAGAGAAAAACCGAUCAUCAAUCUUCCGUUUAAGCUGUCCCGGCGGUAAAAUUCCGCGUCGUUAUCUCGUCAGACCCGCCACCGGAACCCUAAUUUCUGUUCUCUCUCUCCUCUUCUUCUCCUGUAAAACCCUUGAAAAGAAAAACUCCAUAUUUAAUGGAAAAUAAACCAUCAGAAUUCGAAGAUCUAUCAUCAGUACAGGCAGUUUUAGUCGGCGCCUUAGCUCCUGGAGUCAAUGCUCCAACAUGGACUACACUGAAAAUGGUGUUUGUGAUGCUGGGUGUUAGUCUGAUUUUGAUGCUUGUUUUGGGAUUCACAUCUAGCGACACUGGUUUGAUUCUUCAUGUUGGGCUCCUUGUUCUUAUCACUCUUACCCUAUUUUUAUUGCUGACCAGUUUUCUCGAACAAACGGGUCUAGUUACAGUUGAACAUCAAAUGCAAGAAAUGGGGUUGGUGCCUAAGGAUAGCAAAACAAGCCCAAAGAUCGAGUGAUUAAGAGUCUUUUAACCGCAAUAUGCAACAUGUAACAUGUAAAGAAAACACUUCAGAAAGAACAGAUCUUCACAAACAAACAUAGUUUUCCCAAUUUGAACAAAGUUCAGUACACAUAUUUACAGAACAGGAGAAAAGGAAGAACCCCUGCAAUUUUAUCAUUUACAAGAUACAGAAUGUUGAAACUGCUCACUCGCCCUUUUUUUGUUGAAUCUCCUUGUUUUGACCCUUUUUGGAUUUCAUGUAACAGAAACACGAGCACCAUCUGCAUCGCAGCAUGAACUUCAUCCCCUCUGUCUACGCUUUAUAUAGCUUCGUAAGGACUACACAAGAAUUGUCUUACAUCUUUCAAAUUCUUACCUUAUAUACUCUGUAUAUGUAUUCUUUCUUGGAUUAGAUUCUUAUUCAUCGCCUUUCUUUUUAGGUUAUGUAAUUUUAUUUUAUUUUUGUAAAAUCAAAUGCCUUUGCCCUUUUUCUUUACAUUGCCAUAAUUCCUUCAGGGAAGCUAUCAGCUAUUUGUGACGAUUUUGUUAAGCUCAACUUUCAGCCAUACGAUCCUAAAAUCAUUUGUCA